AUGGAUGUUAAGCCUCCGAAGUCUCCAGAUGGAGCACAUGGACUUCAGCCCGCCAUUUCGAAGAAGUCUGCCGAUAUAGAAAAUAUUGAUUUGAAAACAUUUUCUGCGCAAUUGGAUGAUGCCGAGAUCUUCUUGCAGAAUAAUGGAAUCUCACACACGCAGCUUGACAGCCUCAUAUCCGACGAAGAUGCGAUGAGAAAGCUACGUCGAAAGGUCGACUGGGCUCUAAUGCCCCUACUCUGUGGCACAUAUCUUCUUCAAUAUAUCGAUAAGCAAGCACUUAGCUAUGCUGCAAUCUUUGACCUCUUUACCGAUACGGGAAUGACAAGCGACCAAUAUUCGUGGAUGGCCUCCAUCUUCUACUUUGCCUACCUCGCAUCAGAAUGGCCUGCAUCCUACUUGGCCCAGCGUCUACCCACGGCCAAGGUUGUCAGUGGCGUUGUUGUCUGCUGGGGCACUAUCCUCGUUUGCACUGCAGCAUGUAGCAACUUUGCCGGUCUCGCCGUCUGCCGCUUCCUUCUUGGAUUCUUUGAGUCCGUCAUUACACCUGCAUUCAUGCUUAUUGUGUCGCAAUGGUACACACGUGACCAGGCGCCAGCUCGAGCCGGGAUGUUCUACUGCUUCAACGGAUUUGGAAGCAUGUUCGGCGGCAUUUUGUUCUACGGUGUAGGACAGGCGACAGGGUGGAGCGUGUGGAGGAUAAUCUACGUCCUUUGUGGUGGGUUGACUAUCGUUUGGGGCGUUGUCCUGUUCUUUUUCCUUCCCGACAACAUCAUGACCGCCAAGCGCUUCACCAUCGAGCAGCGUGCCAUGCUCAUUGCUCAAAGUUCGCGCAAUCAGACCGGUGUUUUUAGCCACCGUAUUAAGACUGAACAGAUCAAAGAGGUCUUUUGCGACGCUCAGGUCUGGCUCCUGUUCUGGUACACCCUGUUGAACGAGGUCAUCAAUGGUGGCAUUGCAAACUUCGCCAAGCUCAUUGUCAAGGGUUUCACGAAAAGUGCCCUCAUGACGACCGUCUAUGGAAUACCUUACGGUGCAUUGACGGCAAUCUACAUGUUCACCGGCCCCUUUCUCGCUUCCAAGAUCUCCAACUUCCGCACGAUAGUCAUGGUUCUGUGGCUAUUCCCUACUUUGAUCUCCACGUGCCUGUUUUGGAACCUUCCUAGGUCAAACACCGGGGGGCUCUUGGGGGCGUACUAUACUUGCUCUUCCUUUGUUGGAGCCUUGAUUGUGGCCCUUCAAAUGCCAGCGGCCAACCUGGGUGGCUAUACAAAGCGCACCACGGCAACCGCCUUUGUCUUCCUCGCGUAUUGCGUUGGUAACAUUGUUGGCCCUCACCCCUUCCUCGGAUCUGAGGCUCCUGUGUAUCAGACGGGUUGCAAGACGAUUGUAGGGUGCGUCUGCGGCCAGGUGGUCAUCGCUAUUGCCCUUCGUAUCCUUCUUAUUCGUCGAAAUCGAAUCCGAGAUGCGGCGGCUGCUGCUUUGGGUGCGGAUGCCAGCGAAGCGACCAAUGACGAAUACGUGUUGCAGGACUUGACGGAUUUCGAAAACCCAAAGUUUCGCUACUCUUAUUAG